GUUCUCCAGGCUCUCUGAGCACGAUGCCUGCAGCUCCCACCAGCAAUGGGGUGUUUGUUGUCAUCCCGCUGAGCAACGCCAGUGGCCUCCGCCCACCUCCAGCCAUUCUGCCCACCUCCGUGUGCCAGCCUCCAGGGAUUAUGCAGUUUGAGGAGCCACUGCGGGGGGCACAGACACCAAGGACCACACAGCCACCUGACUUGUGGCCCGUGGAGACAUUCCUGAAAGGAGAGCCCAAAGCUUUAGGGACGGUCCAGGUCCUCAUCCGCCUCAUCCACCUGGGCUUUGGCAGCGUGCUGCUCAUGGUUCGCCGCGGCCACGUGGGGAUGUUCCUCAUCGAGGGCGGCGUCCCCUUCUGGGGAGGAGCCCGUUUCAUCAUCUCCAGAUCCCUCUCAGUGGCAGCGGAGAAGAACCACAUCAGCUGCCUGGUGAGGAACAGCCUGGGCACCAACAUCCUCAGCGCCAUGGCGGCCUUUGCUGUGACGGCCAUGCUGCUCAUGGAUUUUGGCGUAACUAACUGGGACGUGGGCAGGGGCUCUCUGGCCGUGCUGACUGUCUUCCCCAUCCGGGAGUUCUUUGUCACAGUCAUUGUCACCCACUUCGGGUGCCAGGCCACUCGUGCCCAGGCCAACGCACCAGUGAUCUUCCUGCCAAGCGCCUUCAGCGCAGACUUCAACAUCCCCAGCCCGGCAGCCUGUCCGCCCCCUGCCUAUGACAACGUGGCAUAUGUGCCCAAGGAGGUGUCUGAGUAGCAGAUGUGGCACCUGCAGGUGGAGUCCAGCGUUUCCCCUCUGGGGCCAGCCUCUCCCCACCCCCACCUUGUUCAUCAGGCGCCAGCCCCACCUUGGCCACCCCCUACCACCACGUCCACACACACGGCGGCAGAGUGAGGUGUGCCCAGGGACAUCCCUCCCACACUUUCCCCAGUGGCUUCUUUCUAAAAGACACCAGGCUGACAUCGGGGUGUGUGUCCUUCAGCUACCCAAGUCCCAUCAUCCUUCCAGGGACACCCCCUGUGCAUUUCUCUGCUCAUAGGGGAAAUCCUAGCCCUACUGAAGACUCAGGUUCGAGGCCUGCCCUGACCUUCAGGCAUCAGGCAGGUCAUUAAGCUCAGAGAGCCGAGAAUCCUCCAGAAUGGAAGAGUCUGACUCUGGCAUUCCACAGAGGUGCAGAUGCCCCCGAGGCCACACAGCAGGGCAGUGGCCUGACCUCAGGUCCCCUGGCCCUGAGAUCAACUCUGUCCUUUGUCAUCUGUUGCUACAUCCGUGGACCUCAGGUUUCCCAUUUGGAAACUCGAGUGUUGAACCAGAUAAGGUUCAUAAGGCUCUUCCAGCUCCCCAGGCUCCCUGAGUCCUGGAUCUAAGCCAGGCAUCAUCCCCCUAUUCCCUGGAAACCCUCUUUGUCCUUAUCUGGCUAUGGAGUCAGCAUUGCCCCCCCCACCAUCUCCCAAGAUGGGGGAGGUUGCAGCGGAAGGCUGACGCCAGCCCCCUCCUGAGGCCCACCACAGUCAGCAUCGACAGGGGCACAGCAGUGGCAGUUAGAGACUUCCCUGUGCCUCUCAGCACUCCCUUGCCCACCUCCAUAGCUCAAAGACAAGGCUACCACAGAAGGUUACCAUGAGACCUGGGCUUUGUCUCCAGGGGACGAGGAAACACUGUCAGCCUGGUGUCCACCAGCCCUUGUAAAUCAGAUGGCUGGUCUCAUCCACACCACAGAAGGAAAUAAACCAUGUGGCUUAAGUUUU